AUGCCAAACGGAGCUGGGUCUAAGUCUUCAGCCUCGGCUGCAGCUGGAGUGGGCGACGGCGACUCCAUUCUCAACGCCAGCAGCAACAAUGUCAACGGUAGUUUCUCCAAAGCGUUGAAUUCGGGCGCGGUGUCGCCCGCAUCGAAGAAGUCGCCUCGCCUGCCCAAGUGUGCUCGGUGCAGGAAUCACGGCUACGUGUCGGCCCUGAAGGGACACAAGAGAUUCUGCAUGUGGAGAGAGUGCCAGUGUAAGAAGUGCAACUUGAUCGCAGAGAGGCAGCGAGUCAUGGCAGCACAGGUGGCCCUCAGGAGACAGCAGGCUCAAGAGGAAGAACUGGGCAUCAGCCGACCCAUUCCCCUGCCCGGAGCCGCCGAACUGCUCAUCAAGCGCGAGAAUGCAACUCCGAACAGCUCGUGCGCGCUGGGCACCGGGGGAUCGGGCUUGCCCAUAGCCUUUGCUGCAACUGCUCCUAGCCGAGUUCCCAUCAAGGGGCGAUUGCAUCUCCAGGAUAUCCCUUCCAUAACCAGCAGAGGGCACCUGGAGGCCACCCCAGACCUGGUAGUGGACUCUUCCUACUACAGCAACUUUUAUCAGCCGUCUCUCUAUCCAGCUUACUACAACAAUCUUUACAACUAUCCCCAGUACCAGCAAAUGAAAACUCCAGAGAGCCGGUUUUCGGGCCACAAUGUGACACCUCAGUACAGGAUGCAUUCCUACUACUCUGCUGCCUCUUACCUGGGACAGGGACUAAGCACAGCUGCUUGUGUUCCUCAGCUGUUCACUCUGGAAGAUGGCUCCUCCUUCUCAGAUGUAAAAUCCAAUGUAUUUUCACCUUCCAGUAGCCAGGACUCAGGUUUGAUCUCUCUGUCCAGCAGUUCCCCUGUCAGCACCGGAAGUAUUAAACAAGAGUGUGAAUCUGUCACCGAGUCUGGCACCUUCUCUGUCGAUUCCAUUAUUGAGAAUGCAGAAUCGUCCAGUAGCAUCAAUGAUGCAGUUGCAAAUGACGCCCAGGAUGACCAGCUGGGAUGUCACCAGCCGCAGCGAGAGCUGGUGGAAGAUGACCAUGACAUCCACGUUGAAAAGCUGACAUUUUGUACAUUGUUUACUCUAGGUGCCUGUGUUGCUUUAUAG